GCCACGAGUCGAUGCUGCCGCAGCCUUCGUUCAUGUCCUCCCUGCACGCCCCCCCGGUCUGGGAGGUCAAUCUUCGCCUUUCCGAGUCGUCCAGUGAAGACGCUGCGACGCUUUCGAGUGAGAGCUUUCAAAUGGACGACGGAGACGCUCGACAGGCCGCUACAACCAGUCACAAACGCAGCAAACGGGGGACUCCCAGCUCAGACAAGAAACGCAAAACCACGUACGAUAUCCGACGAGAGCAGAAGGUGGAGCUGACGGCGCAAGUGGAGACGCUACAGAAACAACUCGACGACCUCAAAUUUCGCGUGCUAGUGGAGCACGGAGAAGCCGCCAAGUCCAAUAAACGCGCGGCAGCGGGGAAUGCGGUACUGUACGAAUUCAUCCAGCAGCAGCAUCUGGAGCUCGCGAAAAUGCAGGCAAUGCUCGCGGGUCAUUUGCAACUAAAUGUUGACUUGUUGCAUCCAGCGCAGAGUAUUAUUCGGCUGGGAACGGACCCGAUCGAACGUCAUAACGUGCUGGUAGCACUCAAGGACAAGAAGCUGCAAGAGGCCAAGCAAUUCAUCACGACUCGAAGCCAAGGUCUGGACCCCAGGUCGUCGUACUGUCAAGAGGAACGGAACAACGGGGACAGCUUUUGCCAGGUGAUUUUCGAGAUCAGACCCAUAAUUGGAGCUGGUGCUAGAGAGGUCUUCGACGCUUUCGUUGACGUCUCGCAGAACGCUGAAAUCAUCAUCUCCGAGAUGUUCGGCAGCAUCACGAUCCGAGAAAACAACGAAGCGGACACGCGAGAUAUCUCGCAGAUGCGUUUGGUGACGUCAACCUCGCAGGGAACCUUAGUGGAGGCCAAUACAGUCAUGUUCGCGGAGUUUGUAGAGGCCAACGACGAAAGCUGUGGGGUCAUUGUGUCGGACUUUGUCGAUUCGGAUGAACUGUAUCCGUACAAGCCGGAGCAGCGAGUUCGACGAGACACGACUACUGUGUUCGUGAUUCGCUCGUUCAAAGCGAAAGCGAAAGAUUUAGAUGACGAGGAAGUCUUGGUUGUGGCUAGUCGAUGGACUUGCUCCAAGAUCCGACGUAGCGAGAUGGAUCUUUCCGCUGACAUUCUGCGAGAAAUGGAAGAGAGCACGGUGUCCUUUGGCGACACAAUGAAGAAGUGUAUCCAGCAGCGAUUGGCUCGCAUUAUCUUUCUGCGUCACACCUAA